CAUUUUGGGAAAAUUCAUGUUUUAAAAUUUUGUUAAAAUUUCUCUAAAGUUCAUUGAGUUUUGCAGUGAAUCGGGCUGUGAACAGAGUAUACAGUUGGGAGAGGAUAAAAUAUUUUAUGUCUAACAAAAUACAUCCAUGAGGGGAACUACACUCUUAAAAUGCAGCAAUGCACUUAUUAGUGCACAUAAACUUGGCAGACACUAUGUGAAUCAAUAUGCACUUCCUAAUUUGUUAUCGAGAGGGAUUCUAGUGACCCAUCAAAACCAAAGGCAAAGGUCAGCAUGUUUCACAUGUGGCAAUAUACACAGAAUUGGCAAUAGGAAUAACACAGCCAACCUCUACAACAGUAGCAAAAUACACACUAGUUGCAGCAGGCAAAAUAGCGACAAUGGACCUGUCAGAGUGCGAUUUGCUCCAAGUCCAACAGGGAUGCUUCAUAUUGGUGGGCUAAGGACUGCAGUAUAUAAUUUCCUACUAGCCAGAAAGAAGGGAGGAGAAUUCAUAUUGAGAAUAGAGGACACUGAUAGGAGUCGCUUUGUGCCUGGUGCUGUAGAAAUGCUGACAGAGAGUCUAAAGUGGGCAGGCAUACAUCCAGAUGAAGGUCCUGGUAUUGGGGGUAAUUAUGGGCCUUACGUGCAAUCUGAGAGACUGGAUAUAUACCAAGAAAACAUAAAGACACUGUUGGAGAAUGGUUCAGCAUACAGAUGUUUCUGCACACCAAAGCGCCUUGAAUUACUGAGGAAAGAGCAUACUAGGCGUAAAGAAAUACCAAAAUAUGACAACAGAUGUAGACAUAUUUCCGAUGCAACCAUCCAAGAAAAAUUAGAUGCUAAGACUCCACAUGUCAUAAGAUUUAAGUUGGCGGAGUGUGUUGACUCGUGGCAUGAUGUGGUGCUGGGACCUAGGUCUGUUGAACUGUGGAAGCAUGAAGGAGACCCGGUGCUGAUGAAGAGUGAUGGUUUUCCUACCUACCAUUUGGCUAACGUCAUUGAUGACCAUGCUAUGAGCAUCACACAUGUUUUACGAGGAGAGGAGUGGUACAUCUCAACACCAAAACAUCUUCAACUUUACAAAGCUUUUGGUUGGGAUCCUCCAGAAUAUGCUCACCUACCUCUCUUGCUGAACUCAGAUGGGAGCAAGUUAUCUAAGCGGAAUGCAGAUGUUGAUGUGGAGUCAUAUAAGAAAAAGGACAUCUUUCCCAUGGCCCUUAUAAACUUCAUUACGAGUAUGGGAGGUGGUUUUACUGAACAACAUGAGGGCAUGUGGUCGUUAGAUGAACUAAUACAGAGGUUUGACAUCACAAAGCUCAAUUCUCAUUCAUGUAAAGUGGAUUUUGAAAGGCUUCAAAUAUUCAACAGAUUUGAGCUUCACAGGCAUCUAGAGUCACCCUCAGAGAGGAUGAAUCUUGUUGCCUCUGUUCGAAGUAAACUGGCCACAAAAUAUCCUAAUGAAAUAGCAAGAACAUUAUCUGCAGAGGAGAUCAUAAGGAUUGUAAAAUGGGCUAAGGACAGAAUCCAUACAUUAGAUGAUCUUAUUGGGCAAAGCUAUAGUUAUAUAUGGGCAAGACCUCUUUUGACUUUAAAAGACAUUAUCAAUGAAACAGAAUGUGAUGAGAAAACUGUUAUGACAGUAUUAAAAAAUACUCUUUCAACAAUAAGGGAAUCUCAAUUUGAUGCAGAGACUUUGAAUUCAUUGUUACGGCAACAGGGAAAGAUGCUGAAAGAAGAUGUGAAAUUCAAAGACUUCAUGAAGAUUUUGCGGACAUCACUGACUGGAUCCAAGGAGGGACCCCCAGUUGCCGAGGUAAUGUUGAUAUUGGAGAAGAAAGAGACAUGCUUACGAUUGGACUACAAGAGAUUGCAGUCAGCAUAAAUAGACUUGCUUUGUAAUAAAGGGGACUUUAAGGGACCUUUGGUAUUAGAUAAGAAGGCACAUUGUAAAUUGAAACAAUAAAAUCUCUUUUUUUCUUGAAAGCUCAUGAUUUGAGUUUGAAGAAUCAUGGAUAAACAUUUGAAAAUAUUCAAAAUAUUGUAAGUUGCUUUAAUUUG